UCAGCCCAGCUGAUCGACAUUGCCAAGUGGCAUCAGACCUAUACUAGGUAGGGGUUGCCUACUCUAUCUAGCAAGUGUUCCGUGUCUAAGCUGUGCCUUCCCCUAGGUUCAUCGACCAGUGCAAUGACAUGUUCUCCGUGUUGGUCUCUGUGCAGGUGACAACCUCUGCCGUAUGCAUUGUCAUCACAAUCUUCUCGCUGCUCACCAGCGACUGGCUCGGAGGAUAUUGCUAUUUCUGUGUGCUGGUGCCCAAUAUGUACCUCUAUUGCAUUCUAGGCACAAUACUCGAGAACUGCAGUGAAAAGUUCAUGUACGAGCUCUACAACAUCUCGUUCUACAAUCUCAAUCCGAGCCAACAACGAUUUGUCCUCUUCAUGCUGGCCAAGAGCCAGCAGCCAGGCGCAAUCCUGCUGCUCGGAGUGAUGCCAUUGUCGGUCAGCAGUGCUCUCCAGGUAACCAAAAGUAUCUAUAGCAUUACCAUGAUGAUGGCUAGAUUCUUGCAAAAGUAAUCAACAUUUGAUGAGCAGCUGAUGAAGAUUUAUACUUAAAUCUUAUAUCAUAGUCGGAGUUCAGCCAACUCGCAGCAGGUAGUUAUAGCCGCCAUUUGGCUGGCAGCACCGAACGAUUUAUGAAUUAAUUAAAUGUUUACCAACUAACAACAGAGCUGUUUUAUGUAUGUUCCCUAGCCGGCGGAGAGG